UUAACAUGAGUGCCGCAGACAAUAUAAUAAUGAGUGCCGUGAACAAAAUUGAUUUUGUUUUAAUGAAACAAAAGGGAACAAUCCGAUGCAGCUUGCAAAAGCAGUUCCAAGUUUUUCUGCAAAAAUUCGAACGUCAUGGCAAGCAUAAGUAUUUAGAAAUGAUUCAAAAUUUAUAUCAUCCCGAUCACAUAACUUUAGUAGUGAGUUUUGAAGAUUUAAGAAAAUAUGAUGUGAUCUUAGCUACAAUAAUCAAACAUGAUUAUGUUGAAAUAUAUACAUGUCUGUGUCGAGCAAUCAAUAAUCUUAUUAAAGAACUAUUUCGGCCUAAUGAUGAAAAUAUAUAUUAUGUUGCAUUUAAUGAAUUUCCGAUGAAAUAUAAUCUUGAAGAUGUAAAUGUUUCUAUAAUUGGGAAACUCACCAGUUUUACUGGGCAAGUUGUAUCUACAAGUCCUAUUUAUGCUGAAGUAGUUGCUGGAACAUUUGUCUGUUUAGAAUGUACUCGUGAAAUCCGAGUUUAUGAAGAACAGUGUGUGUUCAAAAAACCAAAAUAUUGCUAUGGACCAAUAUGUAAAAACUCUGAAGGAUUCAAAUUAGAUCAUGAUAAAAGUAUUUUUAUUAAUUUCCAAAUGGGUUUAGUUCAAGAAAUACCAUCAAUAAAGAAUAUACCAAUAAUGAGGAAUGUUUUAUUGAGAGCUGACUACACUGAUUUACUUGAGAUAGGUGAUAUUUGUACUUAUACAGGUACAUUAAUAUCUAUACCUGAUAUUAAACCAAUAACAACUCUCGAAGCAAACCUUGGCAAAGAAAAUGGUCAUUAUGCUUCUGGAGAGAAUAAGUCAUACCAAGAAUGCAGUUUAGAAUUGAAGACAUACUUUUGGGUUUGUUCAAUUUCAAAUUAGUGCCUAUGCAAUAAUAGAAGCUUUUAUAAAAUAAUUUUUAUUGAUAUAAGAAUAAGCUGGAUGGCUAUUAUUAUUAAUUAUUGAUAUUAUUAUAUAUAAUGAUACUACUUUUCUGAACUAA